AUGCCACGACGUCCGCAAACCUACGAUGAUUACGGCGCAGCCGUCCAGCAGAUCAUCCUGACCUCGUCCGACACAGACUUCCUCGAUCAGCUCAUCCCUGUCCUCAAAGAUGCCUCCCACUCGAACCGAACCCCCUCGCUGAUGCAAAACCUCGUCCGAUAUGCCGAAGAGAGGGAAUCCGAUAUCGAAAGAAUAGGCCUGACGAAGCAUGAAGAGUUUUUGGGUUCGGUGAAUCAAUUACAGAACGUACGCGAGGGCACUGUCGCGCUUACGGCGGAGAUUCUGAGGCUGAACCAGUCUAUCCAAGCAAGUACAGAGAAGCUUGCUGAUCAAAAGCAAGCUCUAGUAAACACAAGGGCAGUGCGACAGAAUAUUGCCGAUGCAUCCGACGCGCUGAAAGAGUCUCUUGGGAUCCUACAUGCCGUCAACCAUGCUCACGAACUAAUUCGCAAAAAGAAGUACUACGCAGCACUCAAGUCUCUUGAGGACCUGCAGAAUGAGCAUCUGAUUCCGACAAUUCAGAACAAGUAUGCCACCCAGCACAAGCUGGCUGACGUGAUUCAAAAGUCAAUACCAGCGUCACAGAAAAUCAUUUCCGAAGCUGUCAUGACAGACCUCAACACCUGGUUGUUUCGCAUCCGUGAAACUUCGCAAUUCCUCGGCGAGGUCGCGUUCUAUCAUACCGAACUUAGAAGGGCGAGGCAGAGGGAACGUGUGGAGCGCGACAGCUAUUUGAACAACUUCAGACUCAAUUCGUCCAUCGAGCUAGUCUUUGACGAGAGCGAGGAGUUCGACGUGCUCGACAAUGAGGAGUUGCAGGUUGACUUCACGCCAUUGUUCGAAUGCCUGCAUAUUCACGACGCCUUGGGCCAGAGCGACAAGUUCCGUGCCGAGUAUGCAACAACUCGCCGACAGCAGAAAGAGUUGCUAUUACCAAGUACGGUUGGGCUUGUCGCAGAUGACGAAACCUCACUCAGUAGUCUGCUUGAAGGCAUCGCCGGUUUCGCAAUCAUCGAAAAGGCGACGAUGCGUCGUGUUCCUCAUCUGCGCUCUGCUGUUGAUGUGGACGAGCUCUGGGAUUCCAUGUGCCAUACUGCCAUCACCCUUACCUCGCAAGCGCUGAAUGAAGGUUGGGGAUACUCUGUUUCCAUGCUCGACAACUUUCUCCUCACCUUGUUUGAUAAAUACGCCGAGCUUCUCAAGCGCCGAUUCAGCGAGGACUUCCAGGAGAUUGUCUCGACGGACGACUACAUGCCUAUGGCCAUCAACACCCGUGAGGAGUAUGAGAAAGUGACAAACCUCUGGAAGAACUCAGGCGAGGCCUACAUCCGCAUUUCGACCUUGCUUUGA